AUCACAAUGUUGACCAGCAUCACCGAAGGGCUGCUGUGUUGCCUGAUGGGCAAAACACCCAAUGCAGUGGGGCCUCUGGAGAGCAUCGAGUCCAGUGACGGCUACAGCUUCGUGGAAGUGAAGCCCGGGCGGGUCCUGCGUGUGAAGCACAUUGCUCCAGCCCACCCAGCUGGGACAGAGGAAGCGCCCCAGAAAUCCGGAGCAGUGCACUGCAAACGGCGGAUCACGGUCUAUCGCAACGGACAAAUGGUCAUUGAGAACCUGGGUGACUCCGUGCGCUCAGACAUCCUCCAAUGCCAGAAUGGCACUGAACCCAACAGCACUGUGGAAGUUGACGUUUCAGAUGCAAACACCACGGUUCCACCCUCAGCCAACUCCUCUGCCACUGCUGUUAAACGCCGCCGGCGCAAGCCGAAGAAGACAGUCAAUAUUGACUGUUCCAAGUACAUCACCAGUUGCAAAGGGACCCACGGUGAUGUGGUCCUCUUUUUCAUCCAUGGCGUUGGAGGCUCUCUGGACAUCUGGAAGGAGCAGCUGGACUUCUUCACCAAGCUGGGGUACGAAGUAGUAGCCCCAGAUCUUGCGGGCCAUGGGUCCAGCUCAGCCCCCCAGAUUGCUGCUGCCUACACUUUUUAUGCCCUGGCCGAAGACAUGCGAAGCUUGUUCAAGCGGUAUGCCAAGAAGAGAAACAUCCUCAUUGGACACUCAUAUGGGGUCUCUUUUUGCACUUUCCUGGCCCAUGAAUACCCAGACCUGGUUCAUAAGGUUAUCAUGAUCAAUGGUGGCGGCCCAACGGCUUUGGAGCCCAGUCUCUGCUCCAUCUUCAACAUGCCGACCUGUGUCCUCCGCUGCCUCACACCGUGUCUGGCCUGGAGCUUUCUCAAGGCUGGCUUUGCUCGCCAAGGCGCCAAGGAAAAGCAGCUGCUGAAGGAAGGGAAUGCCUUCAACGUCUCGUCCUUCGUCCUGAGAGCCAUGAUGAGUGGUCAAUACUGGCCCGAGGGAGACGAGGUCUACCAUGCUGAGCUAACGGUACCGGUGCUGUUGGUUCACGGAAUGCACGACAAGUUUGUUCCCAUCGAAGAGGAUCAGCGUAUGGCCGAGAUCCUCUUGAUCGGCUUCCUGAAGGUGAUUGACGAGGGCAGCCACAUGGUCAUGAUGGAAUGUCCAGAGACGGUCAACACGCUCUUACAUGAAUUCCUCCUUUGGGAGCCAGAGGCGGUUCCGGCAGGGGAUGGGCUAGAAACAGAGAAGAAAUAA